CUUGUACCAUGUGACCUCUGUGAUCAUUCACAGAUUUCACACGUAGUAAGCAAUGAUGUCACAAGUGACAUCUUGCUUACUACUUUGCAUGUGAUCACUGAUUGGCCAAUCAGUGAUCACAUGAUCGGGACCUCGUACAGAGGUUCCGUCCGACGAUCGGUGUUUCACUGUGUCCGGAGGACACAGCGGGCACCGGAUCGCGGCAGCCGUUUUUAAAACGUGCUUUUGCCUACGAGCGCCGCCCUGCCGCCGUUUAUAUGCGGUGGCUGGGCGGCAAGUGGUUAAAG